AUGAAUACAAGCCGAGAUGCAUUUGAAGAUGCAUUUAUAAAGAAUUUAAUAUCGGUUGGAUUAGGUGUCAUAAUAACCUACAUCAAUGGCAUUUUUGUGUAUGCCUUUUUCAAAACUCCAAUUUUCUACACUGACCCAAGAUAUAUUCUAUAUAUUCACCUUGUCAUCAAUGACAUAAUGAUGCUUUUCAUAUCAGUUACUCUGCAAGUUAUGUCUUACACCGUACCAUUUGUCAAUGUCACAGUCUGCUGUUUUCUGCUUCUGGUGGCCUCGACAACCUCAGACAACACUGCACUGAAUCUGGCUGCAAUGGCCUUGGAACGAUACAUUGCCAUCUGCAAACCGCUGCAUCACCCUCAGAUCUGCACAGUGAAAAGGACCUACAUCUGCAUUGGUUUGAUAUGGCUUCUUUCCUUUGUGUCUGUGGCAACAGAUAUCAUCAUUACCUUACUGAACCAACCCAUCAGUUUUUUCUUGACAGCAACUAUGUGCUAUAGCAAGAACCUUUUUGGCUCCAACGAGCACCUCAUCAAAACAAUCUUUAUACAGGCAUUGUAUUUGUCAAGUGUGUGGAUGACACUCAUCUUUACUUACUUUAAUGUUCUUCAGGCAGCUAAUGCUGCAACUACUGAUCAGGUUAUGGCCAGAAAAGCUCGGAACACUAUUCUUCUCCAUGGCAUACAGCUCCUUCUCUGCAUGCUUGCUUAUGUCACACCACUUAUAAACUAUUAUUUUUUGGCACUGUUCCCUAAAUAUAGAAGUACAUUUAUGUUUAUCACCUAUCUAUUGUCUAAUAUAUUUCCAAGACUACUCAGUCCUCUUAUUUAUGGAGUCCGAGAUCAAAAAAUGUUUAAAUAUGUUAGCACAUAUCUGGGAUUUGGUCAGUUUAGCACACAGGUUAGACCAGUGGGCAAGGAACCAAACUCUUAGCAAUAAGAUAACAGCAAGCCAUAUAAGAUACUAUUCUAUGAUGUAUCUAACUGCUGAGGUAAGGACUACAGUUUGCCCUAUUAAGGUUUCCUGUUGGCAUAAAUGAUAAUACCUUGAAAGUCUAGCUAAUACCAAUUACAUCAUAUUCAAUUUCUUUGCAUAUAUGGCACUAGAGCAAAGUCUAAUUUGGGGGGGGGGGGAACAUUUAUACAGAAGAUUUCACCUUCAGAAUAUGGUGCUUUGUUUCUGAACAGGUAUACAGCCAUCUUAAAAAUGGUUAAAGAAGGGUAAUAGUACACUGAGCUACACAAGCAUUAGGAAAGAUCAAAUAAGUAUAUAUGUACAUGCACAUAUAUGCAUAUUAUGCAACA